CAAUUAAUCGAGGGCUUGAAAUUGGAUCGAACUGGGUUCGGGAUUCGGGUCUCUCUUGAAUGGAGUCUUUUUCGUAUUUAUAUUAACCUGAAAUUCAUGUACAUUUAAAAUAAUAAAAGAUACAUAAUGUCUACAUUUUUGAUUCCAAUCUGUUCAGGUCCUGAGUCGAAGGAGAGGGCCGUUUGGAGCGAGAACGAAAAUCGCCUUUCGGCUGUUUAGCUGGAACAUUCUGUCACGUGGGCCUCGGCCAAGUCUUGUUCGUUCGCUCGGCACCUGUAAAUGAAGAAACAAUGGGGAAAAAACGGAGGAAGACGCAGGAAGUCAACAGCAAAGAGCCAGUGGACAACGGUAGUAACAAAAAUGGUUGCCCUCAUGUUGACAAGUCGAUUGGCCUCAACCAAGUGAAAAAGUCAAAAAGUGAUGUUUGCGAAUCAUGUUUGAAGCUCAAGGAACAACCUAAUGUUCAAGUGUCUGGGCCAUGGAUUUGUCUAAAGUGUGGUGUGAAAUCUUGUUCUCGUGAGCACGGCUUGGCUCAUUACAAAGUCCCACGGUCAACUUGUCAUGCGCUAGUCAUUAAUAUUUCUGACAACAAUGUAUGGUGUUAUACGUGCGAAGCUCAAGUACCAGCUUCCACUAGUAAAAAAUUGAAGUCCUGCAUUACAGAUUUAGAGUACAUGAAGAAUGUAAAUAUAAAACUAACAGACCCGAUUGCUGCUUCUGCCAGGUGCACAGAGAAGGAAAAUAGCACAGCGAGCAAUAUAAAUCAGAAAUUUUUAAAUAUAAAAAAAGGCUUAGAUAUUCCAGGUGUUGUAGGGUUAAUCAAUGAAGGAAGCACAUGCUAUGCCAAUUCAGUGUUGCAGUGUUUGACCCGAACCCCUAAAUUAGAAGAAGCAAUUUUGAGCGAUUUCGACAAUCCUGUCCAGCUGGUUUUGGACAGUGGUCAGGAAGUUGAAUUCGAGAUCACACGCUGUGACUGCGAUCGUCUCAUUGAAGAAUAUCUUAAGUUCCAUCGAACUUUGACAAGUAAAGGUGCAGAUAAAGUCAAAGUAUCAACCGCUGUUGCAAUUUUAAGAGAACUUACAAAAAGGCAUCCACACUUUAUGUGGGAUGAGCAGCACGAUGCUCAUGAAUUUCUGAGACUGCUCCUAGAUACUCUACGCACGAUAAUUCAUCAGUCCUUUCAAAAUUUAAUUAUGAAAGAGAAAAAUUUGUUGACUCCCGCUAUGAGAAAGAACGUCAGCCCAGAACUGAAGAAAGAAUUGAAGGAUAUAGAUAAAAAAUUGUGCCAAGUCAAAGACUUUGGACCUGAAAAAGUUUUUGGAGGACAACUUGUUAGUAGACUGCAGUGCAAAGAAUGCGGUUCAUCUUCAGAAUCAAUUGAAAAGUUCAUGGAUCUUUCUCUUCCUGUGUUAACGACAGAGUCAGAAUUAACUCCUCUUCGUAAAAAGGGCGGGCAAGGCGUUAGCGAUCCAAGUUUUAUGAAGGGUUCUAAAAUGGACAGUUACGUAAGCAAACCAAAAUCUCACAAGGAGAGGCGAAAAGAGAGGAAGGAGCGAAGAGAUAAACUAUUACUUUCAUCAGAGGAUUAUAAAAACUCAAAUGACAGUGAAAGCUGUGCAAAUGGGUUUAAUUAUAACGGUAAUGUGAACUCAGAUGAUGCCAAUCAAGCAGACAAUGAAUUGGAAACUAGUGAAAUUGGGGCAUUGCUAAGCAGUGAUGAACUUAAAACAGAGGAUUGUGGUUUUAAAACUUUAACAAAAAAUUCGGCAGUUGGUAAUGAUGCUCAUGACUCACCAAUAGACAAACAAAUUUUAGAAACAUCAGAUAAGGAAGAAAUGAAGGAGGACAUAGGUUUUCAAGAAGACAUAUCGAGUGAAUUAACUACAUACAAUAGUGAAAAUAUUAAUUUAAAAAAUUCUAAAGAAACUCAAUGUGAUCAGGAAAUUUCUAUGAAAAAUCCUUCUACGAUCCAACCUGAGCAACGUGCACAAGAGGAAUGUUUGAUAGAAAAUGGAAAGGAGGCAGUAAGCAUGAAGGGGGGUGCAUUAAUGGACAACCUUUGCAAUCAGUUCUCCAGACUUACCGCAGAAACGCCCAAGUCAGAAAAGGACGAAAAAACACAAAAUACCCUUACCUGGAUGAACUGGUCACCGGAAAAACAUAUGGAUGCAGGGAAAUGGACAUCCAGUGAAGAAUGGUGGUGUGAGAACGAAGAAGCCAACCAGAUUUUGCCACCAAUAUGCUGUAAUAACAAACACUGCCCUUCAGUUCAUGCAAAAAGUAAAACAAUAGCUUUUGAAGAUGGCAUACCUGUGAUUUCAUCGAUGGUCUUUGGCGGAGGGCGAAACUCCUCUGUAAUUCAAUUGACUGAUAUCAAUCUCAACAAUAUAAAGGCUGAUAUUAUUAGGAAAAAAGUAGACGAUUAUUUUGAGGUUGGGCCUGAUGGCUUUACCGCUGGUAGUAAAAAACUUAGCCAAGCUUUAGACUAUAUGCUAAGUAACUUUGAAAUGAGUUACGAUCCUCAGUCAUGUCGAAAGAUGUACCCGCCUUCUAAUGUUCCAUUAGAAAUGUCCGAUCGAGUUACUAGUGAGACAGAAUUUGGUGAUUUAUCAACAUCGAAAAUACCCUCUAGUGGCUACCAAUGUAAUGAAGCUGAGGAUCGAGAAGUGCAAGAAGCAUUUUUCUACAAUAAUCAAGUGAGUAAAGACUGUUUAGAAAUAGUAGGUGAAAAAACCACCUUUGGUGAGACACUUGAAGCAAUGUCCAAUGGUGGACGGGAAUCUGAUGAUGGCCUCUGUAUAUCAAAUUUGUAUGACAUGGAAGAAUUCUUAGAGCAGGAGGAAAUGAAGAUAACUAAAGUGGAAAAUGAAAACUACAAUGACAGUUCGAUUGAAAAAUGCUUGCAAGAGUUCAUCAAGGAAGAAAUACUCACCGGGAGUAACAAAGUCGGCUGUACAGAAUGUACAGCCAGGGCCAACAAAGGUAACCCUGAUGGGAAAACAGUGUACACAACUUUCUCAAAACAAUUGCUCAUAAAAACCGUACCAGAAAUAGUUAUUUUACACCUUAAGAGAUUCCAAGUUCAAAUGUCUUCUAUUCAAAAAGUCAACCGUCAAGUCUCGUUCCCUAUUAUUUUGGAUAUGGCACCAUUUUGUAGUCAAGCUAAGGUACACAAGAGUAAGAAUAUACUGUAUCAUUUGUUUGGAGUUGUCAAGCACUCAGGAGGUAUUAACGGUGGUCAUUACGAGGCUUAUGUUGCUCAAUUUGACAAAGAUGCAUUUAUACCAAAUGGAAGUGGAGAAACGUGUAAGCCCAAAGUACAAUGGUACCGUGCUAAUGAUAGGAAUGUUACAGUUGUAACAGAGGAACAGGUUCUUUCUACUCAAGCUUACCUACUUUUCUAUAGGCGGAUACCUUCCUAACACCAGAUUAAUUAUCAGAGUAUUUGUGAAUUCAGUGAUCAGUUGAUAAAACAAUUGAUUUAUCCAAACAGGGCUAAUUAAAUCGAGUAAUUGUCUUGUAUGUGAAA